AUGCUCGUAACUUUGUGCCAGGAAUUCUCCAUACUCAAGUAUUUGAUUGGUGUCACGCUUUGCUUUACGUGUAAUUGGGCUGUGGGUCAAGUCAAUGAUCGUGAUCCGAUCGGCCGUAGAGCCUUGACGCACAAUAUCUCGGCAGAAUUUCAAGAUGUGUUGCCGAUUUAUAAUGAAUCUGAAAAGUCCAUUCUCGACAUUGAAACCAGCGACAAAGAAGAAAGGAAUUCUGAUUAUCACGCCGUUUUCUCUUCCCUAUACGAAUUUCUAUCUCAGAUUGAGUAUGCGACUAGAAAUCCGACGACAGCAAGCUCGAUCUCAAAAGCUCUCAACACUAUGAAGGAGGUUGAAAAAAUUGAGGGAUUUCCGAUUCAGGAAAGCACCGGUUCUUUUGUCAGCAAUCUGCUGGCCUUGGAGGAUAAAGUGCUUUCAGAUGAAAAUAUAUCAGAUGAAGUGAGAUCCUCGGUGAUGAGCGGUGUCCGUAACUUUUGCGAUAGCUUGCAUCGCUUGAAGAAAGCGAUAGGACCUUCAGUUGAAAGCGUUCUCUCUGAUUUUCGCGAAAGUUUGCAUAACUUAGCGAAAGCAUUUGAACCUUUGAGUGGACAAUUGGUGCUAUUUACUGACUCAAAUACAAAGAAGCUUCAAAACAUGCGUCGGGGCAAAGAACAGGUCGACUGGGAAGUACCUUCUAAGAAAUAUAUUAUUUACGAAAGAGACGGCGCCGUAACAAUGAUGGACAAUGAACAUAUAGACAGAAAAAGGUUAAAUGAUCUUUCGAAAGACAAAAAACGAAGUGCGGAGGACGACAGCGAGCUGCUUUUGUUGAUUCAGACGUGUCAGAGAUCACAUAAUCAAGAUGAUAGGAUUAACGGUGAUUUAGCGUUCGUCGGCAUGCUUCAACACCCGACUUCAGGUAAAUUGGCCCGCGAGCAAUGGGUCAAAGACCAAGUUACUGUUGGCCAAGCUUAUAACUUCUUACUCAUACACGUAAAAAAAAAAAACGACAAAUUCUUCAUGGAUGAGAUGGGAAGCUUGUGGCUAUCGUACGUCGGAUAUUGCUGGGAGCAUGGGCACAGCGAGUUUUCCCCUAUCGAUGUACUUGGUCUUAUCGAACGGUCCGAAUUGAAGGAAAAAGAAGUUGUUAAUUUGGUUGAGGAAGCAAGAAAUUAUGUGGGCGGACAAAAGGCUGUCGAAGAAUUGCAGAGGAUCUUGCUGAAUAACGUGAGGCUCCAAAAUAUGGCGUAUGCCAUGGAACAAAAUGGACUCGAUGGCCUCAUACACUUCGCAGAAACUUUUACUGGCAGCUCGCUGUCUGAGACGUGGUUGUCUUAUGUCGCCUAUACUUUCAGUUGUUCAGACGUAGAAGAUCUCGAUAUCGUAGCAUUUUUGUCUGCCAAGAAGCAAUAUACCAUGGACAUGCAAUUGGAGCUAUUUAACACAUGGUUGAGGAGGGUUGGGCAUCAAGAGGAGAUGGAUAUGACUGGUUUUAAAGACUUGAAUCGUAUCUUCAAACUGUGGCAAAAAGAAAGUGAUGAGGAAGCAUUGACCAGGGAAUAUCUUAUGAGGGAUUAUAUUCAUGAUUUAGCGUCCGACAUGAUCAAUCAUAUAGAAACGAUAAACGAAGAUAAAUUCGAGGAAUAUGAUACACUAGACUUUGCAGAGGCCACGAAUUCAGUCACACUGAAGAGAAAGAGAGAAGAGUGA